AUGCCGCCAGUCGUGGGUGGCCAUAAGCGCUCGCGUAAAGAUAAACCACAAGCCUCCCCGCAGCAAGCUCACGAGCCCCGCGUCACCAUCAACCACACUGCUUUCCCAUACAUCAUCAGUGAUGUCAUCACGUUCAGCUCGCGUCAAGCUCUCCUCAACCUUCGCCAGACCUCCAAGAUGAUGCGCACCCGAGUCGAUGCUAUUCUGUCUCACCACUUGCGCUUUGAGUUUGUCGACCCUACCCGCCCUACUGCUGCCCAGCUCCCGGCGUAUUAUCGAGGCCCUCGCACCCAGAACUACGAAGGAGACGAGGAAAUUACAGGCAAGCUGGUCGUCACUCUCCCCGACGGAUCACCCCUCCCUGCCUACACUCUUUGCAACAACUACCAACCGGGACCAGCAACCCUAAUCCAGCGUGCAGUGCGCAAGCGCUUCGAGGCCUCCCUCGCCCAUACCCGCGUCGUUGACAUUUUGGACUGCUCAGAGGUUCCCUUCGCCCGUGCACUUUCCGAUGUUCCAGUCGCGCGCUUCAUCCCCGAUGAUCACGGCCGCCACUCCGCGAUCUGUCCCGUCAAGGCUCGCAAGUGUGUUGCAUUCACCUCUGUAAUUGGAAAACGUAACAGCACCUAUUGGAUUGGUAGCCUCCCUCCUCUACUCCCACGCACGGUCGAGCGAUACGUCAUCAACCUCGAAGUCAACCCAGACACGUACUGUGCCAACAGCCUCACCCACACUUUCGACAUGUCAACUUUCCUGGACAGCCUUCGAAACCUCCCUGAACUCGUCAUCAUAUUCUCCACGACCGACCGUCAAGUCCCCACGCACCCCGGCCACAGGCCUGCAGCCGUGCCGCCUCCUCUCGGCUUGCUGCGCAGCUUCUCCCUUAGGAGGACCGAGUUCCCUCACAUCAAAAUCACCUUCGUCGGCGCUCUUGCUCUCAAUCCCAAAUGCUUUGGCUUCUUGGACGACAUGGGCGAGGACACCCUCCAGGUAAAGCUUCAAGCCCGUAUGGAUGAGGAGGCGGUGGCCCAUCACGCGCGUCCGUACGUCGCGCGCAAGGUGAAGAGCCUGCCCCUCCCUGGCCCCAUCACCUUCAUGACGCUCAACGAGUAUCGCGAGACGCUCACCCCCGAAGACUUUGCCGUCGAGAUGGUUCAGUGA